GGCAGGCGGUUCCGGCGCAGCCAUUGGCGGUGUGUGAGGCCUGGCGGGGAUGUUAAUGGUGGAAGCUGCUCCCGCCGCUGAGCAGCAGUGACCCAGCCCCCCUCGCUACCAUGUCCGUGGUGCCGCCCAACCGCUCGCAGACCGGCUGGCCCCGCGGGGUGAACCAGUUCGGGAACAAAUACAUCCAGCAGACCAAGCCGCUCACGCUGGAGCGGACCAUCAACCUGUAUCCACUUACAAAUUAUACAUUUGGCACAAAGGAACCCCUUUAUGAGAAGGACAGUUCAGUGGCAGCCCGGUUUCAGCGCAUGAGGGAAGAAUUUGACAAGAUUGGAAUGAGGCGGACUGUAGAGGGUGUUCUGAUUGUACACGAGCAUAGGCUGCCCCAUGUGUUACUAUUGCAGCUAGGUACAACGUUCUUCAAACUACCAGGUGGUGAACUCAAUCCAGGAGAAGAUGAGGUAGAAGGUCUCAAACGUUUAAUGACAGAGAUACUGGGACGUCAGGAUGGAGUUCAGCAAGACUGGGUGAUUGAUGACUGCAUUGGUAACUGGUGGAGACCAAACUUUGAACCUCCACAGUAUCCCUAUAUUCCAGCUCAUAUUACAAAACCUAAAGAGCACAAAAAGCUCUUCUUGGUUCAGCUGCAGGAAAAGGCUUUGUUUGCGGUCCCAAAAAAUUACAAGCUGGUAGCUGCACCGUUGUUUGAGCUCUAUGACAAUGCCCCAGGAUAUGGACCUAUCAUUUCCAGCCUUCCUCAGCUUUUGAGCAGAUUCAAUUUUAUUUACAACUGAAUUCCCAUAUACUUGAAGAGUGUGAUAGAAGAAGCCGUCUCUGUGAGCACAGCUUUAAGAUGUAGAGGGAAGAAUACAUGUGACGCAAGGAUUUUUUUUAUGUCUCUUUUUUUUUUUCCCCCUGAAAACCGCUAAACUUUCUAUUGUCUGAAUAGCAAAGUGAAUCUCAACUGUUUAGAUAGUGGGAUGGCGAAUGUGAUUCAGUGUUUUAAUCACUUUUCAUUGUAAUAGUCACCAGUUUUUUUUGUACAACAUUAAACAAACUAAAUUGGA